GUCUACAUUUUUCGCCUUAUGGCUGUGCUGUUUUGACUUCACAGGCUUCAUUCUCCCUUGCAGUGAUGGGCUAGCAGUAAGAUACAGAUAUAUUGACGCGUGAACUUGAAUGGACUUUGGAAGCAAACUCUGUCCAAAGCAACACCACCAUGCUUUUGCUGUCAUUACUGAAUGAUUUGGAUGUCAAGAGUUGUUUGGGACUUCUUCUCGUAUCAUUGCUAAUUUUUGAUUUUUGGAAGAGUAAGAAUGCGCCAAACUUUCCACCAGGACCAUGGGGUUUUCCGUUUCUUGGCAACGUUUUCAUGGAUUUCGACUGUCGUGCGAUGGAUGAGGUGGCUGCCAAAUUUGGCAACAUUUUCAGCCUCAGAGUGGGUUAUGACAAGAUUGUGCUGGUAUCUGGAUAUGAAUGGGUAAAGGAGGUUUUGGUGACACAAGGAGACUACUUUCUGGACCGGGCUAUAUCUCCUCUUUUUAAAGAAGUGUUUCAAGGAAAUGGCAUUUCCCUGAACAGUGGAUACAAGUGGAGGAAGCAGCGGCAUUUUACUGCCUUUCACCUAAAGGCCUUUGCUGAAGGCAGAAAUGCUUUGGAGGUUCACAUUCAACAAGAAUGCGUCUUUCUGUGUCAGACCUUUGAGGAAGAACAAGGAUGCCCUUUCAAUCCUCAUGACACUCUGAACAAUGCUGCUGCUAACGUAAUUGGAUGUUUUGUGUUUGGGAAGCGUUUUGACUACAACUUCACUGACUUCCAGAACCUACUUCUAAAUUCAGACUCCAUGUUCAUAGAAAAUAUUCCACAAAUCCAGUUUUAUAAUGCACUUCCUGGGCUUGCUGAACGUUUCUAUGGAUCACAUAAGACUAUUCAAUCAAAUUACACAAAGCUAACAGCCUUCAUUAAGAAACAAAUUGAGAAACAUAAGAAGGAUUGGGAUCCUUUUGAUCAUCGUGAUUUCAUAGAUGCCUACAUUGAAGAGAUAGAUAAGAGAAGGAAGGAUACAGAGGCUGCUUUCACUGUGGAUAAUCUUGCCUGUAUCACUGUGGACCUGUUUAAGGCUGGGACACAGACCAUGACUGACACCCUACAAUGGGCUUUACUUCUAAUGAUCAAGUACCCCAAAGUCCAAAAGAAAGUUCAAGAUGAGAUCGACUGCGUAAUUGGGAAGUCGCGGCAGCCAUGUUUGGUAGACCGAGCCAGUAUGCCUUACACAGACGCAGUUAUUCAUGAAACUCAGAGAGUGAGCAACAUCUUACCUCUGAUUGCUCCCCGUCUGACAAGUCGAGACUCUGUGCUGGCUGGAUACUUCAUUCCUAAAGGCACAAUGGUCAUUUGUAAUCUCUCCUCUGUGCUGAAGGAUUCGUCACAGUGGGAAAAACCAGAUCAGUUUUAUCCUGAGCACUUCCUAGAUGACGAAGGGAAUUUCAGGAAACGGGAAGCAUUUUAUCCAUUUUCGGCAGGGAAAAGGUCAUGUCUUGGAGAGCAGCUGGCACGGAAUACACUGUUCCUGUUCUUCACGUCCCUCCUCCAAAGGUUCUCAUUCUCACCUCCUGACGGACUAGAACCUUGCCUCGAGGCUCAGGAAAAGGUCAAGACGUGCCCUAAACCCUUCCAGAUCUGUGUGUCAUUACGUUGAUAGGAAUCACAGCUGGACCCAUACUAACUGAGUUCUAUUAAUAGAUUGAUUUUAUGCUAAUUCAUGCAGUAAAAUGCAGUGUUUAUAUUAGAUAAUAUAUCUAUGCAUUAGAGCAAAUUUGAUUCUGUUCAUAGAUUUAUUUGAUGGAAAUAGUGAUGAAGGCUUGUACAUUUCUGUAUUAAAUGACAAUGUAUGAGGACUAAUGUCAAUACUGAGAUCAUUUAUUUAAAAUGCUUGGACUGCAAAAUGCUAAUUACAGUGCAAAUGUGAACAUGAUGCUGUACAUUUUAGCAAUUGAUGUAAGAUCCAGUUUAUUCCCCAGAAAUUAAAAUGUGAAGUCAACAAAAAA